GCCGCCCUGCGCGAUGACGUCAGUGCGCCCGUGCGCGCUGGGGGAGGAGUGGGACCUUUGGACCGGGAGGCGCAGAGGCUCCGCAGGCCUCGCCCGGCCCAGCGAUGGAGUUUCCGGAUCUCGGGGCGCACUGUUCCGAGCCGAGCUGUCAGCGCUUGGAUUUUCUACCGCUCAAGUGCGACGCCUGCUCGGGCAUCUUCUGUGCAGACCAUGUGGCCUAUGCUCAGCAUCACUGUGGAUCUGCUUACCAAAAGGAUAUCCAAGUACCUGUCUGCCCACUCUGUAAUGUGCCUGUGCCUGUGGCCAGAGGGGAGCCCCCUGACCGCGCUGUUGGGGAGCACAUUGACCGAGACUGUCGCUCGGAUCCAGCACAGCAAAAACGUAAGAUCUUCACCAAUAAGUGUGAACGCUCUGGCUGCCGGCAGCGGGAAAUGAUGAAACUGACCUGUGAACGCUGUGGCCGAAACUUUUGCAUUAAGCAUCGUCACCCACUGGACCAUGAUUGCUCUGGGAAGGGGCACCCAACCAGCCUGGCAGGACUUGCUGCCAUCUCCAGAACACAAGGUCUGGCUUCUUCUACAAGCACCGUCCCCAGCCCAAGUCGGACCUUGCCUUCAUCUACCUCUCCCAUCAGAGCCACAGCCCAGUCUCCAUCAUGGACUGCCCCUCCAGUGAUUGCUUUGCAGAAUGGCUUGAGUGAGGAUGAGGCUCUGCAGCGAGCCCUGGAAUUGUCCCUGGCAGAGACCAAACCCCAGGUCCCAAGUUCUCAGGAGGAAGAAGACUUAGCUUUAGCACAAGCACUGUCAGCCAGUGAGGCAGAGUACCGACGGCAUCAGGUAUGAGGAUGGGGUAGAGGUGGGUCCUGCACUGGGAGUGAGUAAGGAGUUUUGGGGGUUCUUCCAAGUGGUUGAAAGUUUUGGAAUGGUGGUUGUCUUUUCGUUUUCAGUAUGACUCCGGCCCAUGCUGAGCUUGGAAGUGAGGACUGCCCCCUCAUUUCCAUGACAUCACACCCUGUCUUCCCCUUCCCCUCUCCUUGCUCCAGGCCCAAAGCCGCAGCCUGAAGCCGUCCAACUGCAGCCUGUGCUAGGGCCUUGGGCUUGGGGAGGGAGGCUUAGCUGAGGAGGACUGUGGCCCUCACAUCUCUAAGGUCCACAGGGAGAGGAGGCCAAGAGCAGCCUGGAGUGAAGACGAGGAAUGACGUAAAGGCUGUUUCCAGGGAGUAUCAAGAGAAACAACUGUGGAACUCAGUCUAUAGAAGGCCCUGCUGGCCCUCCAGCUACGUGGGAGAUAGCAGCUGUGAACUGUUCCCUGGUUGGGCCCUCGGGGAUGCUGGCCAGGCCCCACUCAACUCCCUGCAUCAUGUCAUCCCUCUUACACUGGGGCUGCCUGCAUGUGUAGGGACAGGGAGGGUCCUGGGAGGAAUAAAGGAUAUUGGUAGUUAAUAGCA